AUGGAUGGCCACCUCGAGCCAGAGUAUACUCAGUAUGAAAUUGAUCCGCUCACCAAGUUGCCGAACGGCCUCGUCCUGCUCCAUUCCUACCGCAUAGCACAUCGGGAUAUCCGACCCAACAACAUACUUGUGGAUUGUUACAGUCCUGACAUUGAAAUCUGGAAGAUGGAUCCCGUCCUCGACAAUCAUAGGCGCACCUCUCAGCCCGGCGCCCGAUACUGCAUCUUCGAUUUCGACACGUCCAUCCAACUACCGCCAGACACGUGUCUACGGGAGGCCCGUGGGCCUGCACGAGAAAGCAGAAUUACCGUGUCGCCAUUCCAACCUGCGGAUAUCGAUUUGGGCGAGCAUGCGUAUAAUCCCUUCGCAUACGACGUCGCGUGCCUCGGGAACGUUUAUCGGGUAUAUUUCUCGAGAGCAGCAGCUGCGGUGCCGCUGCUUGCUCCGCUCUUGGACAGGAUGACGGACCACGAAGCACCUAAGCGGUUCACGGCGGAACAGGCCCUCGCCCUCCUCAAUGGCGUUAUUUCCCAGCUCCCGGCGCACGUCUGGAAUGCUCCAGUUUCUCUUAAGGCGGACUUCUGGUGGCCGGCAAUACCAGCGGCGUGCUGGUCAUGGACGCCUCCCGGAUUCGUCGAGUGUUGGAGCCACUACCAGACUGGCCCGUGGACAUGGGGAGAGCGCGUCAUAGAUCGGGUCUGCUCGUGGCCGAUGGGAUGGCAAACCGUCUGCUAUGUGCGCGCUAUGUUACGUAGGUAA